GAAGUCUGAGUAUCAGAACAAGAAAAAGGGAAAGAAAGGAAACUUCGGCAGACGUGACGACCGACCCACUCAGGGUCAACAGCCGAGGUGCCCUAAAUGCGGCAGGUUCCACACCAGAGAGUGCUUAGCAGACCAGCGAGCUUGUUCCAACUGCAACCGUCUGGGACACUAUGCCAGU